UUCGUGGUGAGCGGACGUGUUUUUUUUUAUUAUUGUUGGUUUUGUUGCUUCUGCCCAAGUACUCGACGUUUGAGUACACCGCUUAGUGCGCGUCGUAGAUUGUGUUUAUUGUUGUGAGUACUGCAAGCUGUUGUUGUUGUUGUUGUCGUCGUUUUGGUAAUUGCCUGCCAUACAAACACACACACACAAACACGCAGCUAAGUCAGUCAUGAAUUGGAAUCGGUGCGCGCGGUCGUGUGUGUGACGGUUUGUUGUAUCUGCAACUGCAUCUGUAUUGUUGUACCAACGUAUAUUUUCGUUACGAUAGAAGAAAUUUCCCAUAGCAUAGAGGCGUUAUGAAAACGCCUAGCGAUUGAUACAGCCAAAGGAAUAUAAAUUGCAAAAUUUCUUGCUUGCUGGGACUUUGGCAACAAUCUCAAUGGUGGGCGGAUACACACGAGUGACUUCCAACUAUCUUCCACUCCAAAUCCCUUCGUACUCCCCAGCCCUGUCCCCCCUAGACGAGCGCUACGGCCUAAGAUGUCUGACACAGUUGCCAGCGAGCGUAACGCCCCGGCAAAUGGAACUUUAAGCGAUACGAUUGAGUCUAUUGAGGAUGCCCAGCUGUUGCUUGAUUCGAAAUCGAAUUCGAAAUCGAAGCUAUUCAGCGAUUAUAUAGUCCAGGAGGAGCCAUUGAAGAUUGUGGAGCCGAGCGAUACGCUGGAGAAGAGUGUGCAGGAGAAGGAUAAGGAUAAGGAGAAGGUGAAGAAGUGUGUCACAUUCAAUCCGAACGAUGAGAAGAUACGCAAGUUUACCACGGGCGAGCCCAUUAUCGAUCAGCAGAAUCCCUUCAAGAAUGGCCUCAUAGACAGCAGUGGCAAGAAGAAGACGCCGCCGCCGGUGCCCACCAAACGAUCCACGCUGAGUGUGAGAAAGACGGUGACGCAACAGUUGCGUGAACGUGAACGCGAAAAGGAGAAGGAACGCGAGAAGCUCAAGGAGCGCGAGCUCGAGGAGAAGUCCCUGAAGGACAAGGAGCGCGAACAGCUCAAGAACGAGGCGAACAACCGCAAGAAGGCUGAGCUCGUGGGCGACGAUUUCAUCACCACCGAGGAGGUACUUAAGCAAUCGAAGUAUGUGAAGACCUAUAUCAAGAAUCCGGAUGCGUAUUUCGUCUAUGAUCCCACGGUGCUGGCGCGUCUGAAAUUCGAGGAACUGCGCGAGAUAUCGGGCAAGCCGCCCAAGCGUAAACAGGCCUGGACGAACGGGCAGCAGGCGGCGCAUCGGCCCAGGGAGGCGAAGACGCCGGCAACGAAGCUAGCGAAGCAGCAGGAGGCUAACGGUAAACCGAAAACGGCCACGUUCAAGAAGUGCUCCAAGCCCAACUAUCCGGAAUUGGCCAAUCUGAAAAUCCGCACGGGCACCGACACCAACGGCGUCUACUUCAAUCCCGCCGAGGUGACCAAGAAUGCCAAGAAGUUCGACGAGCGCGUGAAGAAGCUACAAAUCAGUUCCGACGACGAUCUGGACGAGAUCGACGGCCCCUUGACCAAGAGCGAGUCCAGCGACGAGCUGAAUCAACCGAGUGCCGAGGACGAUCCAGCCACGAUGACCACGAAUACAAAUGGCAAGGCGAAUGGCAGUGGAAAUGAAAAUGAAAAUGAAAAUGGGAAUGCCAAUGGACACGCUCCGGGCACCUUCACCAACACCAUCAGCUCCGAGGAGUUCCAGGCGUAUCUGGAGCGCAAGGGCCUGGCGCUGAUGCCCAAGCGGGAGAUCAACAGUCCAACGCCCACGACGACGCCCAAGUCGACGCCGGCAGUGACGCCGACGGUGACGCCAACGCGUGCUACGGCCGAGGAGCGGCGUCAGCAGGUGGCCGAAUCCUUGGCAGCAUUGCGCAAGAGCAAUACCAAAAAGCUGUCCGUGCUGCAGCGCCUCUCCAACAGUCUCUUUGCCCCGCGCCGCAAGACCACGCCCAAGGCCGUGCUGCCGGCACCGCGCAGCGUCUACGGCGACGCUGCGGAGCAGAAGCAACUGAAGACGCCCGCUGAGAUGCGACGCAUCCUGCUCGAGAACCAGCCGAAUGGCCAGUUGAGGCAGGAGCUGAGGCAGCCCCAACCACAGCCACAGCCACGCUCCAAGCCCACGCUGGAGGCCCGGCUGGAGCCGGUGCCGUUCCAGCGCAGCACCGUGGAGCGUCAGAGUCUUAUCCCGCGCCGCGUCUCGCCGCCGGAGAACAAUCUGAGUCGCUUCACGCGCUCCGCCUCCAUGGACCGCAAUCAGAUCAAGCUGCACGGCCAGCGCACCCUGAGCCGGCUGGAGAGCGUGGGCCAGCGCCGUUCCGUGGCCUCCAACGAGGAGCGCAGCAGCAACAGCAACAGCAAUGGCAAUGCCCGCAGCAACAGUUGCAGCUAUCCCAUUGCCACAUCGACGCCAGUGCGCAAGGCUCUGGAGACGCAGUCGAGCAAUCAGAAUGAGUGGGAGCAGCUGAGGGCGAUCAAGGAGGUAACCGAUAGACAGCUCUACAACAAGGUUAUUCAGCAGCAGCAGCAGCAACAGCAACAGCAACAGUUGCAGCGCCAGCGCCAACGCCAGAGCGAGGAGAACAUUUAUGAGCAUCUGCAGUCGCAGCAGCUGGCGGCGCCGGCGGCUUUUGUGCGCGGCUCCGUGCAGCGCAAUACCUACGCUGGCGUCAGUGGACGCAAUCGCCAAAUGCUGCAACAGCAACAGCAGCAACAGCAACAACAGCAGCAGCAGCAACAGUUGCCCGCGCGCUGCCAGAGCGUGCUGGACGAGCUGAUAAGUCCGCCGGAGCGGGGCAUGCGGCGCGGCUACGAGAGUGAGAACGAGAACGAGACGCCAGUGGUGCUGCGACGCAAGGAGUCCAAUGCCGGGCGACGCAUCGGCGGCCUGUUGACGCGCGACGAGAUCCUGGAGAAGGUGAAGGAGUUCUGCCGCAAGUCCAUCAAUCGUACGCCAGCGCCGGCGGCCAAAAUGCAGCCCAUCUAUGAGCGUCACAAUGGCCAGCAACAGCAUCCGGCGGACAUUUCGCCCGUGUCGUAUGCCUCCGUGGAGACGCACAAGCGUCCCGCCUCCCAGCUGAGUCUGGCGCGGCCCCAAGUGCCGCUGCGUGUCCAGAGUCUGCCGCGCUCCAGCUACGCCGCCGCCGCCUCGCCCAUCUAUGCGCACGUGAACAAGCGCAACAGCCUCCUGUCCAACGAGUCCGAGCAGUACGUGUCCAAUCAGCAGCUGCUGCAGCGCCAAUCGCUGGUCACGCUGACGCCCACGGAGUAUGUGCUCAUCCAGACGGAGGAUGGGCUGCAGGCGGCCAAGCUGAUCACGGACUAUCAGCACAAUAGCAACUUGUAUAUGCAGCCGCAGUAUAUACGGGCGAGUCCACAGGGCUACGUGCGCAUCGAAGAGCUGGCAAUGGCACAGCAGCAACAGUUGCAGCAGCAACAGCAACAGCAGCAGCAGCAACAGUUGCAGCAACAACAGCAACAGCAUGGCCGUGCCACGCCCCUAAUCCUUGAUCGUGCCGGACAGCAGACAAGCCAAAUAUAUUGGACGCCGCAGCAUCAGCGGCUGCAGCAGACGCAUCAAGCAAAUCAAGUGAAUCAGCUGACGCUGCAGAAGACACCGCGCAUGUAUCCAGUACCGGCGCCCAGGCUGCACAUGCCACAGGGCUAUGUCCUGGCGAAUGGCCAGGCAUAUGCAACAGUUAUGCCGGCGCCAAGAAAUCAGUCGAACAGGCAGCAGUCGGUCAGGAAUGCGUCCAAUUGGGAUUGCAGCUCGGAGGCGGGCGAGAUAAGGCGCAUACUAGAUAAAUCGUUGUAGGG